AUGGGUUGUCAAGUUUGUCGACCGGCUGUCGAUUCAUGCUCGUUAGAGAUCGAGAAACAACUCAAAACGGAUAGAUUUCUUCAAGAGAAAACGAUCAAAAUUCUUUUAUUGGGCACGGCUGACUCUGGAAAGAGCACGAUUGUUAAACAGAUGAGACAUAUUUACAUAUCGAAAACGGAUCCCGACGAGUUGAGAUUGGCCACGAAUCAAGUCUUUCAAAAUGUGCGAGUGAUUUUUCACGAGGUCGCCAAAGCAAUUUUGGAUCUUUAUCGGCCUAGUCCGGAAGCACAGGAAGUUCUGAGUCGUUUCUCAACAACCGACCUCCUUGAAAUGGACGUUGAUUGGACGAUUGAAAGGGAAUCGAUCGAGGAAUUCUCCCAACUCGGCGAUGUUCAAGAUUUCAUGGAAAAGCAUAAAUUCUACAGAACACUACCGGACAAUGCCACUUACUUUUGGGAGCGAAUCCCCGCGAUACUUGAGUCAAAUUUUGUCGCCAGUGAACAGGACACUGUACAUUUGAGGACACCAACAUACGGGAUUCACGAGAUUAAAUUCAAAUUCAAGCUAGGAAAUAUCAGAUUAAUCGAUGUCGGCGGCCAACGAGCGGAGCGCCGAAAAUGGAUUCAUUGCUUCGAAGGGGUAACAGCGGUGAUGUUUGUCGCAAGUAUGGCAAGCUAUGAUCAAGAAUUGGAGGAAUGUGCAACAACGAAUCGACUCGCCGAAGCGAUUUCCCUCUUUUUCGAGGUUUUUCGCAACCGUUGGCUAGCCGCUUCAGGAUUUUUGCUAUUUUUGAAUAAAUUCGAUCUCUUUGAGAGCAAAAUCGCCUUUUCACCGAUUUCUUCAUUCUAUCCGAACUAUGAUGGUGGUCGAAACAUUCACAAAGCUGCCGAUUUCAUUCAUGAUUUGUUUACAAUGAAAAUCCCUCCCGAUGACAUGGAAAGACGCGGUUUUCACGCUCAUUUCACCACCGCUGUCGACCCGGAGAAUAUCGAUUUCGUUUUCAAAGGAGCUAUGGAUAUCAUUUUGAAUACCGAUUUGAAUAAACGAGUUUACAAUCAUCGACCUGGGAAAUGCCAAAUUGUUGAAGGAAUUCUUCACGGCGCUGAGCACAUCGAAUAUGUUGAAUCGGGAAAUUUUGCUCUCAUUUCGUCGGGACUUCAAUUGAUGAGCGACAUGCCGGGACGACCAGGACAGAUUUUUCUCUACGAUUUGAAAGAAAAGUCGAAACGAGCGAUUCCGUUGAAAAUUCUUGAUGAACCGUACGAUUUUCAUCCACAUGGAAUGUCGCAUUUCGUUGAGAAAACAAAGAUUUUUCUUUACGCAAUCUCACAUACGACAAUGAAAAACGGAUUUAGACAUUCGGUUGAGUUAUUUGAGCUUAAUGAAAAGCAAAAAACCCUUAAACAUUUGAAAACGAUUCGACAUGAGACAAUUUUUCGACCAAAUGCAAUUUACGCUCUAGGAAUGGAUCGAUUCUUUGUGACAAACGAUGGACGGGCACAGAAAGGUUUCCUCAAUUUGAUCGAAUUGUUAUUUUCCCUGCCCACUGGCGAUGUUGUAUUUUUCGAUAAACAGGAAAUCCACCCAAUUGUUACUUACGAAAUAACCCCGAAUGGAAUCUGGGUUGAUGAAAAGGAAAGGAUUCUCUAUUACGCCUCACAUCUAGGGAAAUUUGUGAAAGCUUUGCGAUUGAGUGAUGAUUUCAAAAGCUCAACAGAACUCCUCGGAAAAGCGGAUCUUCUCACCGCUCCAGAUAAUCUCUUCUUGGACGCGCAAGGCUAUCUCUGGUCGGGUGCUCAUCCGAUUUUCCACAAAAUUCUCGACAAUAGUCGAUGCUUUACUCGAGAACUUCCGCAAGAUCAACUACCGCCAUCACAAGUGUUGAGACUGAAAUUCUCUGAAGACUUUACGUCAUUUGAGUUAACUGAACCCUAUACAGAUGAUGGAAAGCAAAUCUCGUGUUCAGCUUCAGCAAUUCACGAUGGAAAAGGAAAUAUGCUCAUUGGCUCUGUUGGAACAAAUCUUCUUCAUUGUGCCUACACCGAAGAGACUGUGCAAAGU